AUUUAUAAUCGAAACAAUGUGGCAACAUGGCCAUAAUGCAUACAGUGAUUGCGUGUACAACUUUAUAAAGGAUGAUUCAACUAAAUACAUACAUACAAAUAUGAAUUAUGCAGCAUAUUGUAACAGUAUGCCAAAAAUUAAAAAAUAAACUCAAUGGAAAUAAGUGCAAAUAAAAAAGGUAGAUAAAAUCAAACAAAGCGCAAUGCCGUCGAUGCGAGCUACACAUUUCACAAGGCUAUUGACCCAACCGGCAGCGAGUAUAUUAUUUGUUUUAAUAUUUAUGUGCCAUGAAAAUGAUUUCAAUUUAAUUGAAACUGCUGCCGAUGUGAUAACGGAUCCCAAAUUCAGUUUUCCAAUUGCAAAUGUGACAGCGUCUGUGGGGCGUGAAGCGUUUCUAACUUGCGUUGUACAAGAUUUGGGUUCAUACAAGGUUGCGUGGCUGCGUGUAGAUACUCAAACAAUUUUAACAAUACAAAACCAUGUUAUCACAAAAAAUCAACGUAUCGGCAUAACGAAUUCCGAACAUAAAACGUGGACAAUGAAAAUCAAAGAUAUCAAAGAAAGCGAUAAAGGCUGGUAUAUGUGUCAAAUAAAUACAGAUCCAAUGAAAAGUCAAAUGGGCUAUCUGGAUGUGGUAGUCCCGCCGGAUAUCCUCGAUUAUCCCACCAGCACGGAUAUGGUUGUACGCGAGGGUAGUAAUGUGACGCUCAAAUGCGCGGCUACCGGCUCACCAGAGCCAACAAUUACAUGGCGGCGCGAAAAUGGAGUAGCCAUUGAAUUGGCCAACGGUACAGAGG